UGUAGAUCGUCACAUGUUGUUUCGCCUCCACAGUCCGGACACUAGCAGACAUGUGUUAUUUAUUGCUUUGCUGUGGGAGAAGAAGAACGAUCGCACAACCGGCUCUGGAAAGAGAGAAUUAAAAUAAAGCGCGUCGUUUAUUUAGCAACUCGAGGAAAGGAAGCAUUGUGUCUGAUAGCGAAGGACACGAGAAUGGCGAGUCCGCCAAACACCGGAGAUCAGCCGUUAUUGACCAGCAAUACGAUCAACAAUAUCAAGAAAUGCGGAUAUCUAAAGAAGCAAAAACACGGACAUAAGCGUUUUUUCGUUUUGAAAGAGUCGAGCAAAGGUUCCCCUUCCCGACUGGAGUACUACGAGAGUGAGAAGAAAUGGAAAAACAAAUCGGCUGCCAAGAGAGUUAUUCCCCUCGACUGCUGUCUUAAUAUCAACAAGAGAGCGGACGCAAAACACAAAUAUCUAAUUGCUCUGUAUACCAAGGAUGAAUAUUUUGCAGUGGCGGCAGAAAAUGAGCAGGAACAGGAGAGCUGGUACCGGGUGCUGUUGGAUUUAGUGGCAGAGGGGAAAGUAUACGACGGCUCAGCGUCAAACUCUGCGUCCUCGCUGGUUGGCUUCGACGAGGCGAGCUACGGAGUAAUAACGCCGGCUACCGCCGUCUACAAGGAGGUAUGGCAAGUCAAUCUGAAAUCGAAAGGCCUGGGACAGACCAGAAAUGUGACCGGAGUGUACAGGCUAUGUCUCUCUAGCCGGACUAUCAGCUUUGUCAAGCUGAACUCAGAGUUUGCCUCCGUCAUUUUACAGCUGAUGAAUAUCCGGAGGUGCGGCCAUUCUGACAGUUUUUUCUUUAUUGAGGUUGGUCGGUCUGCAGCCACGGGUCCGGGGGAGUUCUGGAUGCAGGCGGAUGACUCUGUCGUAGCUCAAAAUAUUCACGAAACUAUCUUGGAGGCGAUGAAAGCCAUGAAGGAGCUGUCGGAAUUCCGUCCGCGCAGCAAAAGCCAGUCAUCUGGGACAACCCCCAUCUCUGUGCCCACACGGAGGCACCUGAACAAUCUCCCCCCCAGCCAGACCGGGCUUACCCGGCGGUCGCGCACUGACAGCAUGGCUAUGACCUCUCCUAUGAGCAAAUUUUCCUCCUGUAGAAUACGCACGGCGAGCGAGGGCGAUGGCACCAUGGCACGUCCCAUGUCAGUGACUGGCAGCCCCCUCAGCCCAGGGGUCCACAGGACCCUCCUGAGCAGGUCUCACACCAUUUCCAUGCGCCCUUGUCGAACAUUUGAGUCUUCUUCCCUCCAGCACAGUAAGUCCAUGUCUAUGCCCCUGUCUCCUUCCCCACCCAUAGCCACCCAUAGCCACGGGAGUCUGUCCUCCUGCCCAGACACCAGUGUCCCUCGACCCUCCAGCUGCAGUGCCUCCUUUUCAGGCUCCCCCAGUGAUGCUGGUUUUAUAUCUUGUGAGGAGUACGGCUCUAGCCCUGCGGAUGCACGGGACCUUAGGCUACCACUCACCCUCCGUAGCAAAACUCCAGAGUCUCUCAGAGCAGACACCCCCCCCUCCCGGGAUGGCAGUGAGCUUGAUGGCUACACGAUCAUGGAGCGGCAGAAUGGUUACCGCCGUUUACCGGAGCUGGACAAGGCUUAUCGAAAGCGCACAUACUCCCUCACUACCCCCCGCCAGCCGAGGGGUCCACCCCAAGUAUCUUCAGCCUCUCUGGAUGAGUAUACUCUUAUGAAAGCCACUUACAGCAGUGGAAACCAGUCUUUUCGAAGGUGUCACACAGCCUCCCCAAAAGGGAUCUAUCCUGAGGAUUACAGGGAUGUUCACAUUGGCAAUAGUGGUCUCCAAGGGGAAAGUGGCUAUAUGCCCAUGAUGCCAGGUGUGGCUCCAACAGGGUCCAAGCAUGACCCCUAUAUGCCCAUGAGCCCCAUGUGUGUUUCUGCUCCAAAGCUUAUCAUCAACCCCCGAACACACCCUUCAGCAGGGCUGACCCCACACACAGACUCCCCUGGGAGUGUUUCUCUGGAGGACAGUGGCUAUAUGCGGAUGUUGUGUGGAACCAAAAUGUCAGUGGAGAGCACUGAUGGAAAGCUCACGAAUGGAGAGUACCUGAACAUGUCUCCUGUUGACCAUUUUGUGUCUACCACACCCCCAGACUACAUCCUCAGUCCUACAGGGGGAGAUGCCUAUAACCAGCAUCAUCACAGACAGCCUUAUUUUUACAGCACUCUACCACGCUCACUUAAAGGCCAGUUGCAGCGCAGUGGGUCCACAGACAAAGACCAGUAUGUGGUGAUGAGUUUACAGAGACAGAGCAUAGAAGAGGAGACAAACUAUUGUCCUGUCUCUCCGGUGGACUCUGAGGCCAGCAGCUCUCCAGGGACACCAAGCAACCCUUCUUCUGCCCCAUCUCCUCUCAGAUUAGCACGGGUGGAUGGAGGUCUUGUACACAGGAAUAGGGUGUGUCGGCCCACCCGCCUGGCUCUGGAAUCCCUUAGAACACUACCAUGUAUGAGUGAACACCCGCUUCCCUCAGAGCCACGCAGCCCUGGAGAGUACAUCAACAUAGACUUUAGUAAUGCUACUCGUGACCAGCUGGCAUGUACAGACAUCUCAGAGUCAUCUUUGAGUUUUAUAUGUGCAGAGAGGGGAUCCCUGCCACUUUCAGACUAUGCUAAUGUUGACGUCAGCUCCCCGGGUCAUCUUGGCCUACACAAAUCAGGAGGUUCUCCUGCUGCAGGGUGCCAAGAUCACACGCCUGAAGUUGUGUCUUGUCCUAGUCUGGUGAAAACCCUUCAGAACAGGCAGGGAGGCGAUAAGGGAGAAGAGAAAAAAAGCAUAGAGAGAAACACUGAGGAGAGGGGGAUGGUAGAGGAAUAUCCUCUCCAACAGCAGGUGAGCCUGGUUGGUCAGCCUGCUCCAGUCAAGGAUGACUACGCUGAGAUGACUUUCAGUCCUCCUGCCCCUCUACCUGCUCUCUGCCCUACUGAGGAUGCUCCCCUUCCCACCAGCCCCACAGCUUGUGUUCAAAGACUCAGCCUUGAGAGCAGCAUUAUGGAUGGGGUGCCCCUUGUGCCAGUGGACUCUUUUCUCCUGGGGGGUCCUUCGUUAUCUGUAACCCUUGUGGAUCCACACAGAGGGGCCAAAGUAAUCCGAGCUGACCCUCAGGGGCGCCGGCGGCACAGUUCGGAGACCUUUUCCUCCACCACCACUGUCACACCAGUGUGCCCAUCCUUUGCCCACGACACCAAGCGGCACAGCUCUGCCUCUGUGGAGAAUGUGUCGCACACUGUCUGCAGCUCUGAGGGUUCUGACGAGGACAAUAGCAGCAACAGCCCAAUGUGCAGAGAGAUGUCAGCUGGCUAUCAAAAUGGACUUAACUACAUUGCCUUAAACUUGAUGGAGGGAAACCUUGGAGGAUCCAGGUUAGGGAGCUGUGAUGGACUUCUGAGGUUCAAGCCAGCCUGUGGCUGCAAAGGGGGCAUGAAUGGCUUCAACACUAGCCCCUACGCCAGCAUGGGAUUCAAGGAGACUGCUGCUGCUGUUAAAGAAUAAAGGCUGAUGGGUCCUCCCGGCCCUCUCCUCUCCUCCCUCCUUUCCUGUGAACGUAGGAUUUCACUGCAGCCAAGUGACGAGGUCGCCUCAGCGACAGCUGGACCAUGUGCUGCAGUCGAUGUCCUUUGACCUCUUUGCCGCCUUCGAGGGUCGUGUGGACAGCCAUUACCAUGGCAACACAGACACUUGACCCUUGCCCCAAAUCUUCCCUCCGCUUUUUCUUGGCACCAAAACAUUGAGGCGCCAUUGCUGCUGCUGUACUAGAUUACCUUAAAUAACAAAAACUUAAACAGCCUUUUGACCCUAACUAUAGAUUGGUAACUAUUUAUCUCCCUGCAAAAUUAUUCUGCAGUAUAUUGUUAUUUUACUUAUUAUUAUUAUUGUUAUUAUUGACAUUCAUACAUUUUCAGCUGGUCUGCUUUUGGCUUCAGCCAAUAGAUGCCAGAUCUUCUCACCUGGAAACCUGUGAACCAAACCUGCAGAGAAUAGUGUGCACACACAUACACAAAAUACCUUUCAUGCAUACAGAUUACAUAUAUUUAUUUAUUUAUCAUGUAUGUAUGCAUUUAAUGAAGUGUGUGUGUGUGUGUGUGUGUGUGUGUGUGUGUGUGUGUAUUUGUAUACAGAUUGUGCUUGCAAAAAGAGGUGGCAUUUAUGAACAUAUUUAAAAAUCAAAGUUAACAACUGCUAAAAAAAAUACCUACCUCAGCAAAAACCAGGUUGGUACCAAUUCACAAGGUAGAAAUAUAUAUAAAAUAUUUAUUUUCAGAGGUGAAUGUUUUUUAAAAAUCACCAAUCCAAAGCCUUACUCUAGCCAUCAGCUCCCGUCUGAUGGACCUUUUUUAAGUUUGGACCUAUAAACACGCAGUAUAUCAAAGAGAUAAAAGAUCAUCUGACUGAAUGUCCAUCAGAGCCGAAUGACAGAGACAACCUCUCUGAGAUUACAUUUCUUCUCUCCCACCCUUAUGUUUAUUACAAGAGUAUGUAUUAAAGAUCCAGAGUAAUAUAUUUAUUAAUAUGCCUGAGAUGGGGGAUUCAAACACUUACAAAAUAUCCAGAGGACUUUAAAGGAGUACCUUACAUUGCAUUGUACCAAACAUGCAUGCAGGUUUCACACAUCCACACAUUGCAGCACGAACCAUAUUCAACUGGACCUGAAAACCAGAUCUGUGGCCUGUCUGAGCCCAAGUCUCCCCACCUUUUAUACACUUUAUACUCAGCCACUGCACACGGUACAUCCUGCAAAGCCUGCAGGAAGUUAUGACCUGUCAGGAAAAGAGACAUGGACAUGAAUGUUUGAAGUUAUUAAUAUAAAGUAACUGGACAGCUCAGAAUCUUACAUUUUCUCACCUGAUGCCUCAUCAUUGCAGAGCUCUGCCACAACACAUGGUUGUCUGGCAGGUGCAGGCAGCGCUGGGCAAUGUGGCAAAUCUGACUGGCUGUUCAAUGAGCCGCUCGAUAGAUUGAAACCACUCUAGGCUGAGAGAGCCAGACGAGAGACACAGGAGCUAAUGCAUGGUCUUGCACUUACAAACUUUCUAGAUUGUAACACAAGACACAUUGAAUGUAGUACAUGCUGUGUUCUGAGCUUGGGAACACAACCCAACAACGACCACAAAACUUGCAACAAAAGUAAAAUAUGCAGAGGUACUGAAUCAAAACUAUGACGCUGAUACAAGCCGAAUUAAAGAAACAAACCAGGGGAAGUAUCUUUUUAUUUAUCUGAAUUCACUGAUACUUAACCGUUGCCUAUAAACUAAACAGUGCGGUGUUACAGAGAAUUACAUUUAACAAACGCUGAGAAACUUUGAGAGAUGUUAAGUUAAAUAACUUAUGUUGUUUGUACUGUACAUAGUAUGUGUUUGAGUGAACUUUCUGAUACAACAAAAGCACUAAUUAAGUUAUAUGCUAACCAUUAUGGUUUGGCUUGAUUUUUUUUUUUUCAAACUGUCAUGGGAUGGUCUUGUGAACUGAAUGCCACUAUGAGGACAUUUUCUAAUGCUGUAAUUCUGAAAAAAAAAGGUUUUGAGAGAAAUCAUUAAUAAUUGACAUGAAUAAUUAUUGUUUCUUAGGUACAACACAAAUGGCAUAUAUUUACAAAGAUGUACCAAAUGUAUAAAUAUUGUUAAUAAUGUUUGUUAAACCUUAAAUCAGAUUUUUGCUGUUUGUACAUUUUUUUCUCCAAAUUUGAAAACUUUUUUGUGUUCGUUUUUGCUAAUCGAGCCUCUUGGUGUUUUGAGCAGUGUUUUUGCAUUUUAAUAAUGUUUUUAUUCAGCAUCUAAAGGUUACGAACGUGGGCUUAUCUUGCUGUGUCUUUCAUUGUACAUAUUUCAUAUUCUGCAUAUUGUAAUGCUACUAAGAGAUGGUAAUUUAAACUUAGUUCAUUGCUUUAGAUUGAAUUGAUUCUUCGUAGACACAUGCAAUAAAUAAUGAUGUUAUUUAAGAAAC